AUGUUCGCUCUCUAUCUGACAGCCGACUUGCAAGGGGUCACCAACUUACGUCCUGAUGAUACUCAAGACAACCCUUUUUGGUACAUGUUCAAGGUUCAGUGUACCUCUUGCCGAGAGACUCACUCAAACUAUGUUGGAGUCAACCGUUUCGAGACAAAUGAAAUGAGUGGAAGCCGAGGAGAAGCCAACUUUGUAUGGAAAUGCAAGAACUGCAAGCGAGAGUCUUCUGCAUCUGUCAAGUCCGGACCUGCUGCUUAUGAACAGACCGAGCCAGCUAAGGCCCAGAAGAUUAUCGAAUUUGACUGCCGAGGUCUCGAGUUUGUCGAAUUCAAGGCAGAGGGCGAGUGGCUUGCCGAGGGUGCUGAGACUGGUACCAAGUUUACAGCCAUCGAUUUGGAGGAGGGCGAAUGGUUUGAGUAUGACGAGAAGUCCAACGAGGAAGUGAGCAUUAACGAGAUUAAGUGGGAGGUCCGCCGUUCGUAG